CCCCUUUUUCGAUCCGGGGCCGGGCCAGGGAGGCCGGGUAGUGGGCCUGCGGGCGCAGCCGGGCGGCUGUGGGCUAUGGCCCGCUGUGGAGAGCGCGGCGCAGCCCCUGGAAGCCUUCUGGGGUCCCCUGGAGUUUGCAGUAAGGGGUUACCAAAGAAGGGGCCGUGUGAGCGGCGCCGGCUGAAGGCGGUGGUGUCGGAGCAGCUCAGCCAGGACCUGCUCAGGCUUCUAAAGGAAGAAUUCCAUACAGAUGUUACAUUCUCUAUAGGUUGUACUUUAUUCAAAGCGCACAGAGCAGUCCUUUUAGCAAGGGUUCCUGACUUCUGUUUUCAUACUAUUGGACAGACUUCAAACAAUUUAUCAAACCAGGAGCCUGUUGCUGUGGAAAAUGUUGACACUUCAGACUUUAGAACAUUUUUACAGAUUGUGUAUUCAUCAAACAGAAAUAUAAAAAACUAUGAAGAUGAAAUUCUUAGAAAAAAGUUACUGGAGAAUGGAAUACCACAACAGAAACUUGACUUCAAUUUUCAAAAAUGUAAAAAGUCGUCUGAUUGUGCUCUUCAGAAGCGUGAAAUUCAAGAGAAUAUCAGUGAGAGAGAUGACAGUUUAAUUUCCAAUGAUUUUUAUGACUUGGAACCUGCAUCUGAAUUAGGAGAAGAUUUACUGAAGCUUUAUGUGAAACGUUAUUGCCCAGAUAUUGAUAUUUAUGUUGACGGAAAAUGUUUUAAAGCUCACAGGGCCAUUCUAAGUGCCAGAUCUAGUUAUUUUGCUGCAAUGCUGAGUGGCUGUUGGGCUGAAAGCUCCCAAGAGUAUGUUACUCUUCAAGGUAUAAGCCAUGUAGAAAUGAAUGUUAUGAUGCAUUUUAUAUAUGGAGGAACUUUGGACUUUCCAGACAAAGCAAAUGUUGGUCAGAUACUCAAUAUGGCUGAUAUGUAUGGACUAGAAGGAUUAAAAGAAGUAGCAAUCUAUAUUUUAAGAAGAGAUUACUGUAAUUUCUUUCAGAAGCCUAUUUCCAGAACACUGGGGUCCAUUCUUGAAUGCCUGAUUAUUGCUCAUUCAGUUGGGGUGGAAAGUCUUUUUGCUGACUGUAUGAAGUGGAUUGUAAAGCAUUUUGCAAGAUUUUGGUCUGAGAGAAGCUUUGCAACUGUACCUCCUGAGAUUCAGAAAAAUUGUCUUACCAUGUUGAUUCAGUCCUUAGAUGAUAAGAAUGCCGCUUUUCUUCUGAUGGAAAGUGACAGGCUCAUCAUCAGUCUACCCAGAGUGAAGUGGACAGAAGCAGCACUGACUAUGGCCUCCCAGCUUCAAGAAGAAUGUAUUGGGUUUAUUGUACAAAACUUUCCGAAGAUCAUUCAGAGUGAAAAUUUUGCUCUUCUUUUACAGUCACAAGCAAUGAGCAGCACAGCUGACUUGUUGGACAAAAUUUUAAAAGCAAUCGAAGAAAACAUUACCACUGAAAAUAGUUGCUCUCUUCUUAUGGCUCUGGACACAUUGCUAACCUCUGAAAGUACAAAGGAAAUGGGUUUUACGUGCAAGAUCCAGGCUCUGCGUGAUAAGCUGUGGAUCUUCCUGGUUCAGUCUUUCUAUGCUGUUCGUCACACAGAGAGCUGGAAGCUGAUGAGCACAGAUGAUCAAGAGAAAAUCCAAGCAGCUGCAUUUGACAAAGGCGAUGAUCGAAGACUUGGCAAAAAGCCUAUAUUCAGUAGCUCUCAGCAAAAGAGACAAUUUUCUGACUCCAGUGUUUUAAAAAACAAGUCUUGGAGGGGAAAUAACAAGAAAGAGUGUUGGAAUUAUCUCUCUACUAAUCAGAAAAUGAAAUCUGAUGGAUUAGGAGCAUCUGGACACUCCUCAAGUACUAGUAGAAAUAGCAUAAAUAAAACUUUGAAGCAUGAUGAUGUAAAAGAAAAGCCUGGAACAAAAGUAGCAUCUAAGCUUACAAAAGAAUUAAAAACUGGGGGGAACAAUGUUUCUGGAAAGCCCAAAACUGUAAUAAAGCCCAAAGCAGAAAACGGUAAUGCAAAGUUGGAAAACAUGUCACCUAGACAACAUGUGGAAAGAUCAGCCAUGUCAGCAACAACUGGACAGAAAAAUCCAUUAACUGGAAAAGGAAUAAGAAAUCAGGAAGGGCAGAUUACAGGUGCCAGGCCCAAGGUACUCAAUGGAAACUUAAACCCGCAAGCCAAAGCUAAGCCCUUGAAGAAAGUGACAGGGAAAGAUUCUCCAUGCCUCAGCAUUGCAGGACCCUCCAGCAGAUCCAUUAAUUCAAGUAUGGAAUUGUUGUCUUCCACUGAUGAACCAAAAGAAAAUGGAUCAAUAGGAGAAGAGAAACCUUCUGGUCAUAAAUUGUCCUUUUGUGAUUCUUCAGGACAAAUGGCGAAAAAUAGUGGAAACAGUGUCAAAACUUCCAUUGCAGUAAAAUCUCGACCUGUUUCAAGACUUACCAAUGGAACAUCAAAUAAAAAAAGUGUUCAUGAACAAGACACCAGUAUAAAUAACAGUCUACUAAAGAAAGUCAGUGACAAAGGAAAUAGUGAUCCAAUACCACAGGCAAUUUUGAAGAAAAAAGGAAACGGCAAUGGGCGAGUUACAGUUCAGCAGAGGACAAAGAGUGCCACAUGUAACCUGGCUAAGACUCAAGGAUCCCAAGGAGAGUCACCAAAUUCAAUAAAAUCUUCAGUCUCUUCAAGGCAGUCUGAUGAAAAUGUGACAAAGUUGGAUCACAAUGCUACUGCAGAUAAACAAACGCCUAAGAGAAAAGUUAUCAAGCAAGGACACACAACUUCACCUAAGGCUAAUGCGAAAGUAGUAGCAAUGCCUAAAAACCAAAAUCAGUCAAAGAAAGGUGAAAUUUUGAGUAAUAGAGAUACAAAACAGAAAAUGCUAAGUGGGCAGGUUAUAUCGAAAACUCAGUCAUCUUCCCAAAGAGCUUUAAAAAGUGAAACAUCUAUUGUCCAAAAAAGCAUGCUUCAUGAUGUGGGUGAUAAUAAGGACAAAGACAGUGUUUCUGAACCGAACCCUCCCGAAGCUGUAAUGAAGGUCACAUCUGAAAUCAGUAGUGCAGAAGCCUUCCAGUCAUCAUGCAGGCCUGACCCACAAAAGUCAUUAAAUGAUCAAGAGAAAGAUAAGUUGGUGUUAGAGUGUCAAAAUAAUUCAGAAAUGGAUAAAUCAAUAAAAUAUGAGCUGGAAUCAAACCAGAUUUGUUCAGAUAAAAGUGAAACAAAAUUUUCCAAUCACAAAGAAACAUAUCACUGCAAGGCAGAUAAAAUACAUCGUCAGUCUGUUGGGAGUCAGAACGUAGAUUCAAAAUGUUGUAGCUCUCUUGCCCUAAAAUCUGUGAUUUCAGAUGCACAUGAAAACUCCUUGAACUCUAAUCCAGUUUGUGAUUUAGACUCAACAAAUGUGGAGCAAACCCAUUCAUUACCAGAUAGGGAGAACCAAGUAGAGAGAAAAGAUACAAACAAAAAAUCACGCAUUAACUGUCUGAAAGAUGUUUUACCUUGUGUUCCUGAAAGGACAAAUGGUACCUUAAAUUCUGUUCUGGAUGACAGGAAAUCUAAAAUUAAUGUACAAGAACUGACAAUUGCUAGUCAGUUGCCUGAUGACUCUGCCGUGAAUGAAAACAAACAUACUACAGCAGACUCAGAUAUUUCCUCCAAAGGUUUUCCGGGACAACUAUCAGGGAAAAAUUCUCCUAAAAACAUGGAAACAUUGGAAACCCCAGAAAGUCGUGAAACUCCAGAAGCUCCAUUUAUGGGUCACUGGAAUUUGAGUACUGGUGUUCUGCAUCAGAGAGAGAGUCCUGAAUCUGACACUGGCAGUGCCACAACAUCCUCUGAUGACAUAAAGCCCAGAUCUGAAGACUAUGAUGCCGGAGGGUCUCAGGAUGAUGAUGGGUCAAAUGACAGAGGUGUUUCUAAAUGUGGAACUAUGCUGUGCCAUGAUUUUCUUGGAAGAAGUAGCAGUGAUACCAGUACUCCAGAAGAAUUAAAAAUCUAUGAUAGUAAUUUAAGAAUUGAAGUUAAAAUGAAAAAGCAAAGUAGUAAUGAUCUCUUCCAAGUUAAUUCAACAAGUGAUGAUGAGAUUCCUAGGAAAAGGCCAGAGAUUUGGUCUCGAUCUACAAUGGUCCACCCUAGGGAAAAAGAAAAUAAUCCACGCAGCAAUGUGCAUUUUUCUCAGGAAAUAGAUCAAGUGUCUUCUUCAGCAGAUGAAACAGAAGAUGAAAGGUCUGAAGCUGAAAAUGUUGCAGAAAAUUUCUCUAUAUCUCACCCAGCUGCUCAGCAGUUUCAGGGAAUAAUUAAUUUAGCUUUUGAAGAUGCAACUGAAAAUGAAAGCCGUGAGUUUUGUACAACUAAGAAGUUUAAAAGAUCAGUUUUACUUUCAGUAGAUGAGUGUGACGAACUGGGAUCUGAUGAAGGGGAAGUCCAUACUCCUUUCCAGCCUUCUGUAGAUUCUCUUUCACCUUCUGAUGUUUUUGAUGGCAUUUCUCAUGACCGUUAUAGAAGGACCUGCUAUUCCAGAUUCUCACAAGAAAAUGAUAGUAUUUUGGAAUGUAAACAAGAUAAAGGCAAUAGUAUAUAUAAAAAUGAAAGCACUCUCCUGGGUCUUAGUAACAUUGACUCUUCAAGAAAAGAUAAACAGAAUAUUUCAGCCACAGAAAAAAUAAACAUGGUAGAUGUCCUGUCCAAAGGAAGCAGACAGCUUUUUCCAGAAGAUAAAAAUGUAAACAGUGGAAACAAUGUGGAUAAUAACUUUCAACAACGCAGCAAACUCUUGGAUGGUGAUAUAAAAUCUCAUGAAAGACCAUGUCAUUUGGAGCUUCAUCAAAGAGAACCCAAUUCCGACAUACCAAAGAACAGCACUACAAAAUCUUUAGACUCCUUUCGGAGUCAAGUUCUGCCUCAGGAAGGUCAAGUGAAAGAGAGCCAUUCUGCAACUACCGAAAAAGCUAAUAUUGCUUUAUCUGCAGGAGACAUUGAUGAUUGUGACACACUGCCACAAACCUGCAUGUAUGACCAUCGGCCUUCAAAAACCCUCUCUCCAAUAUAUGAGAUGGAUGUAAUAGAAGCACUUGAGCAGAAAAUGGAAUCAGAAACACACGUUACAGAUACAGAUUUUGAAGAUGAUCAGCACUUUGCAAAACAAGAUUGGACACUACUAAAGCAACUGCUCUCUGAGCAGAAUUCAAACUUAAAUAUUACAAAUUCUCUUCCUGAAGACUUAAACUUAGCACAGUAUCUAAUCAAUCAGACACUACUUUUAGCACGAGACAACUCAAAACCUCAGGGUAUAGCACAUGUUGACACUUUGAACAGAUGGGGUGAACUAACAUCCCCACCUGAUAAUUCCUCAGCAAGCAUCACCAUGGCUAGUUUUUCUUCUGAAGAUUGUUCACCUCAAGGGGAAUGGACAAUUCUGGAGUUGGAAACUCAGCAUUAAGAGUGUUAACAUUCAAGAGAAAUUGAAAAUAUGCUACCCCUUUAUUUUUGAUGCUAUAUUAUAUCCAAAUGGUAGUUGUAUUAGCCAGAUUUAGACUGACUGUGACAUUGGGGGGGGAGGGGUCUUUCCAAUUUAUUGAGGUAAACAUAGUUUAAUUUAUUAAAAUGAUAAUCACAUGUAAAAAAAAGUGUUUUCUAAAAUUUUGAGCAUGUUUUCUAUAAUUAGAUAAAUUAGAAGACUUAUAAGGAAAUUCUCCCUUCAGUUUCCCUUUCCUAACUCAUUAUUUGUCUUUUAUUUAUUAUUCGAGAAUUUAAAAGGUGAAUGCACAAGUAGAUCGGUCCUUUUUCUUUUUGCACUGCAUAUGGUAACAUAGUAAUUUAAACAAUAAAAAACUUACUGUGCUUGUGUCGAUUUAUGUAGACUUAGUCUGAAUGACAUUCAAACUCAGAUUGGGGUGGUUGAGGCUAAUAGCUGAGUGUUGGAGGGGGAAAAAAAACACUGGGCUUUCUUUACGAUUCAGGUCCAGAAAGUUGUGGAGCAAGUGCAUCUCAAAUUUCAAUCAAACUCUUACUAAAACAGGAUAAAAGGAAUUUCCUGUAUCUCUCUUUUGGGAAUAUCCAGAAAGAGGCAUCUGCCAUUGUUCAAAAGCAGUGGGAAAACUGUCUUUUCGCUAAAGAUUCCCUUUUUAGUUAAUCACUCUCCAUUUUCCAUCCCACAUUAGAGACAUUUGUGAACUGCACCUACAAUAACCUGGCACUAAAUAUGACCUUGAAAUGGAUACAUAAGGCAAUUGCAGAGUUACUGAGUUUGAAUUGUGCGCUUGUGUACAUGCGCACAUUUAGACAUGCUUGCUUUCCUUGUGAAGCUAUAUAGGUUAGUUGCCUGUUUCCUUAUCUCUUAGUCUACAAUUUUAGUAGGAAGGCAAAGAUAAAAGUCUUUUGUACUAAGUGCUGCUAGAAAGAGAUUACUUGGUUACCUUUAAUAUUGGUAGAUGUUGCCCAUAGGAUAAUGGGAUUUCAUAGUUUAGCCUCUCUCAAAGCUUUGUAGCCAACUCAUAAUUUCUCUAAAAUGUGUCAGAAGAAACUUUCAGGUUAGAACUCCUUUUCUAGGGACCAGUAGAUGGCAUAAUGGUUAUGGUCACUGGACUCCCACGUAGUCAACUGCAGCUC